AUGCUGGGCCGGAAGCAGAGCAUCAAGGGUGAACCGGUCCUGGCGGACUACGGGCCGGAGGAGUCCCUCAACGAGAGUGCAGACAUUGAGUGGGUCAACAAGCUAUGGGUUCGACGGCUGAUGCGACUGUGUGCCUUGAUAUCGUUGACGUCCGUCUCGCUGAACACGCCGAAAACGUUCGAGCGCCACCCGUUCCUGCAGUACUGCACGUUCUGCUGCGAUUCGGUGGCCACGUUGCUCUUCACCUCGGAAAUGAUUGCCAAAAUACACAUCCGCGGAGCACUGAGGGGGGAAGCGCCAUACUUCAAGGACCACUGGUGCCAGUUUGACGCGUCGAUGGUCGUCUUCCUGUGGCUGUCGGUGAGCCUGCAGGUGUUCGAGAUGCUCGGUAUUGUGCCAAAAUUUUCCUACCUCAGCACGGUGCGCGCCCCGCGGCCACUCAUCAUGAUACGCUUCCUGCGCGUCUUCCUCAAGUUCUCGAUGCCGAAGAGCCGCAUCAACCAGAUCUUCAAGCGCUCGAGCCAGCAGAUCUACAACGUGACGCUGUUCUUCCUCUUCUUCAUGUCACUGUACGGGCUGCUCGGGGUGCAGUUUUUCGGCGAGCUGAAGAACCACUGCGUGCUGAACACGACCGACAAGGAGAGCCUCACGAUCAACUCGCUCGCCAUCCCGGACACGUUCUGCUCGCUCGAUCCGAGCUCCGGCUACCAGUGCCCGACCGGCAUGAAGUGCAUGAAGAUGGACUUCCUCACCAAGAACGCGAUGGGUUUCACCGGGUUCGAGGAUAUCGCGACGAGCAUCUUCACCGUGUACCAGGCGGCGUCGCAGGAAGGCUGGGUGUUUAUCAUGUACCGGGCGAUCGACUCGUUGCCAGCCUGGCGGGCCGCGUUCUACUUCAGCACGAUGAUCUUCUUCCUGGCGUGGCUGGUGAAGAACGUUUUCAUCGCCGUCAUUACGGAGACGUUCAAUGAGAUACGCGUACAGUUCCAGCAGAUGUGGGGCGUCCGGGGACACAUCCAGAAUAGCACCGCGUCGCAGAUAAUCACCGGAGACGAUAGUGGCUGGAAGUUGGUGACGAUCGACGAUAACAAGCAUGGUGGUAUCGCACCGGAAACGUGCCACACCAUCCUUCGUUCGCCCUACUUCCGCAUGCUGGUGAUGACGGUCGUGUUGGCGAACGGGAUCGUAACGGCGACGAUGCACUUCAAGCACGAUGGCCGCCAACGGCAUGUGUUCUACGAGAAGUACUACUACAUCGAGAUUGCGUUCACGUUCUUCCUCGAUCUCGAGACGCUGUUCAAGAUCUACUGUCUCGGGUGGCGCAGCUACUUCAAGCACUCGAUCCACAAGUUCGAGCUGCUGCUCGCGAUCGGCACAACGCUGCACGUCAUCCCGGCACUGUACCUGAGCGGAUUUACCUACUUCCAGGUGUUGCGCGUCGUGCGGCUCAUCAAAGCUUCACCGAUGCUCGAGGGCUUCGUGUACAAGAUCUUCGGGCCGGGCAAGAAGCUCGGCUCGCUGAUCAUCUUCACCAUGUGCCUGCUGAUCAUCAGCUCGAGCAUCUCGAUGCAGCUGUUCUGCUUCCUGUGCGACUACACCAAGUUCGAGAGCUUCCCGGACGCGUUCAUGUCCAUGUUUCAGAUCCUCACGCAGGAGGCCUGGGUCGAGGUGAUGGACGAGACGAUGAUACGGACGAGCAAGACGCUGACACCGCUCGUGGCGGUCUACUUCAUACUGUACCAUCUGUUUGUCACACUGAUUGUGCUGAGUUUGUUCGUGGCCGUCAUUCUCGACAACUUGGAGCUGGACGAGGACAUCAAGAAGCUGAAGCAGCUGAAGUUCCGCGAGCAGAGCGCCGAAAUCAAGGAAACGCUGCCGUUCCGGUUGCGGAUCUUCGAAAAGUUUCCCGACUCACCGCAGAUGGCCAUCCUGCACAAGAUCCCGAACGACUUUACGCUGCCGAAGGUGCGCGAAUCGUUCAUGAAGCAGUUCGUGCUGGAGAUGGAACCCGAGGACCUGGAGGGCUACCAGCGCCCGAUGCCGGAAUGCUGGGACUCGCGGAUCGCGUACAAAAAACACCGCCCGAUUAACGUGAUGAACAAGACGGCGAAAGUGUGCAUGGUCGGUAGCGACCUGCGGAAGCUGGCCAUCACGCACAUCAUCAACGAUUCGAACAAUCAGCGACUAAUGCUGGGCGAUUCGUCGCUUCUGCCCGUCGCCGGCACUAAGGCGGGUCUGAAACCGCAAGGUACGAUCACCCAGACCAAACCGUGGCGUGUCGAUCAGAAGAAGUUCGGGUCCCGGUCGAUCCGGCGCUCGGUACGGAGCGGUUCCAUUAAGCUGAAGCAAACGUACGAACAUCUGAUGGAGAACGGAGACAUUGGAGCGGCCAGCCGCGUUACGUCGUCCCGGGCGCGCCCGCACGAUCUAGAUAUCAAGAUCCUGCAGGCUAAACGGCAGCAGGCAGAGAUGCGCCGUAAUCAGCGCGAGGAGGAUCUGCGGGAGAACCACCCGUUCUUCGAUACGCCACUGUUCGCCGUCCCGCGGGAGAGUCGCUUCCGCAAGAUCUGCCAACGGAUCGUGCACGGACGGUACGAUGCCCGGCUGAAGGAUCCUCUGACCGGCAAGGAGCGGAAGGUUCAAUACAAAAGCUUACACAACUUCCUCGGUUUGGUAACGUACCUCGACUGGGUAAUGAUCUGCGUGACGACACUGUCCUGCAUUUCGAUGAUGUUUGAAUCGCCCCAGUACCGCGUGAUGGAACACGUCCCGCUGCAGGUGGCCGAGUACGCGUUCGUCGUGUUCAUGAGUCUCGAGCUGGCGCUAAAAAUCCUCGCCGAUGGGUUGUUUUUCACCCCGAAGGCCUACAUCAAGGACGUCGCCUCGGUGCUGGACGUGUUUAUCUACGUCGUGUCGACAAGCUUCCUCAUCUGGAUGCCGCGCCAGGUACCGAGCAACUCCUCCGCCCAGCUCCUGAUGAUCCUACGCUGCCUACGUCCGCUGCGAAUCUUUACGCUCGUGCCGCACAUGCGCAAAGUGGUGUACGAGCUGUGCCGGGGUUUUAAGGAGAUCCUGCUCGUAUCGACCCUACUCAUCCUGUUGAUGUUCGUCUUCGCUAGCUACGGUGUGCAGCUGUACGGUGGAAGGUUGGCACGCUGCAAUGACCCAACGAUCCAGAAGCGUGAGGACUGUGUCGGUGUCUUUAUGCGGCGUGUGUUCGUUACGAAGAUGAAGCUUACACCGGGUCGUAACGAGUCGUACCCAUCGAUGCUGGUCCCACGCGUUUGGGCCAACCCACGCCGGUUCAACUUCGACAACAUCGGUGAUGCCAUGCUGGCGCUGUUUGAGGUUCUCUCGUAUAAGGGUUGGAUCGAUGUUCGGGAUGUGCUCAUCAAGGCCCUUGGGCCCGUGCACGCGAUCUACAUCCACGUGUACAUCUUCCUUGGUUGCAUGAUCGGCUUGACGCUGUUUGUUGGUGUGGUGAUCGCGAACUACUCGGAGAACAAGGGUACCGCCCUGUUGACGGUCGAUCAGCGCCGUUGGUGCGAUUUGAAGAAGCGACUGAAGAUCGCCCAACCGCUUCAUCUCCCGCCGAGACCGGACGGGCGCAAAUUUAGAGCCUUUGUGUAUGACAUCACACAGCAUAUCGCUUUCAAGCGGUGCAUUGCCGUGGUAGUGCUCGUCAACAGUAUGCUUCUGUCGAUCACGUGGACGAAAGAUGAGGUGCACACCGAACGGCUGGUGAUCGUCAGUACGAUCUUAACGUUCGUCUUUGUCAUCGAGGUGGUCAUGAAGAACAUUGCGUUCACGCCGCGGGGCUACUGGCAGUCGCGCCGAAACCGUUACGAUCUACUGGUCACCGUGGCCGGCGUCGUGUGGAUCUUCCUGCAGACUACACUGCGAAGCGAUUUAUCAUAUUUCAUUGGUUUUAUGGUUGUCAUAUUGCGAUUUUUCACAAUAACUGGCAAGCAUACGACCUUGAAAAUGUUAAUGCUUACCGUCGGUGUGUCGGUGUGUAAGUCGUUCUUCAUCAUCUUCGGUAUGUUCCUGCUCGUGUUCUUCUACGCCCUCGCCGGCACGAUUCUGUUCGGCACGGUCAAGUACGGGGAAGGCAUCGGUCGCCGGGCCAACUUCGGUUCGCCCGUGACCGGCGUAGCGAUGCUGUUUCGCAUCGUCACCGGUGAGGACUGGAACAAGAUCAUGCACGACUGCAUGGUGCAGCCACCGUACUGCACGCCGGCCGCCAACUACUGGGAGACGGACUGUGGCAACUUUACCGCUAGCCUGAUCUACUUCUGCACCUUCUACGUCAUCAUCACGUACAUCGUGCUGAACCUGCUUGUCGCUAUUAUCAUGGAGAACUUUUCGCUGUUCUACUCGAACGAAGAGGAUGCCCUGCUCUCGUAUGCCGAUAUACGCAACUUCCAGAACACCUGGAACGUUGUGGACAUACACCAGCGGGGUGUGAUUCCGGUGCGACGGGUGAAGUUUAUACUGCGGCUUCUGAAGGGUCGGCUAGAGUGUGAUCCCCAGAAGGACCGGCUGUUGUUCAAGUACAUGUGCUACGAGCUGGACAAGCUGCACAACGGCGAGGACGUUACGUUUCACGACGUGAUCAACAUGCUGUCCUAUCGCUCGGUGGACAUUCGCAAAGCCCUGCAGCUGGAGGAGCUUUUGGCACGCGAAGAGUUCGAGUACAUCAUCGAGGAGGAGGUGGCAAAGCAAACGAUACGCACCUGGCUGGAGGGAUGCUUGAAGAAAAUUCGAGCCAAUAACGUGGCGAAACAGCAAAAUUCACUGAUUGCCGGACUGCGGGCGACGAAUGAUCAAAAGCAGCAGCAACAACAACAGCAGCAACAGCAGCAGCAACAGCAGCAGCAGCAACAACAGCAGCAGCAGCCAUCAACGGCACCUGCUGGCCAACAGUUGCCACAACCACAACAGCAGCAACAGCAACAACAACAGCAGCAGCAGCAGCAGCAGCUACCGGUACAACAACAGUCUGCUACCCAAACGCAACCUCUUCCCACUCAAGGAGUGUCCCCCAUGCAACCGACCGCACAAUCCAAUCAACAGCAAACGGUCACCAGUUCUAAUCAAAUGUCGAAACCAUCGGACGAACAGGGCACUACUGCGGUCGGUAAGGAUGGGUCCGGUUUGGAAGCGACCGAUCCGGCGGCCACCGACCAGAGCGUGAAGGAUUUGGAAAAUAAUGCCAAAAACCGCAAGAAAACGGUAGCGACGGUGCUGAACCGAUCCGACUCGACGGGCUCGAGCAGUGGCCGCAAGUUUCUUGCACCCACCCUAUCCGAUCCGCAGGCCAAGAACGAAAAGGAUCGCUACAUGAGCAAGAAGAAGCAACAACGGGUACCGCCAUCCCUGAACACGGGCAAAGGGUCCCACCUGGGGGAGCUCGGUGCGCACAGUCUGCACCUACACUAUCACCACAGCUUCUCCUCCCAUGGACACGGCGGUGACCAUUCGCCCCAUGCUCAGCAGCACCAGCAGUCACAGCAGCAGCACCAGCAGCAGCAGCCCAACAGUAGCAAGUUUGGCCAUUCGCAUACGAACAUGAUCUACGAAGUGCACGACUGGUGGCAGGAACAGGUUCUUUGCACUCACAGCGAAGAGGAGGACAAUUAAAGCGCCUAGGGGAUUUCAGAUCAACAAUGGAUAUGUAGGUUUAGUCGACCUUCUAGUCAGUAUUAGGAACUUUUUUCCAUCCUCAACUACCCCCGCCCGUAACCCAGUGAGGGCUGUAGUCAGUGAGAACUAGAUUACAGUUAGUUUUAUAUGGUAAAUUUUAAAUUUGCGGCCCGGGCGCCGUUUUAUUAAAUGUGUUGUUAAUGUUAACAGAGUAGGCGUAGUUAUGUCGUGUUUGUUAUACUGCAAAGAGCAUGAACGUUACCGUACGAUGAUGUGGCAGAGGAAUAUUGUUAACCGAACCGUGUAAGGUUAGUUGGGGAUGCUUAGGGAUGCACGUGCACGGAGUCAACCGCCGCCAAAAGUGUUGCCAUUGCUAGGUAAAAACAGAGUUAACCAUUGAUGUGUGCACACUUAACACAAACGCUUCCCUUUACGUUGUUGAAAGCAAACACAAACGACUGUUUUUUCCCGUUUUACGUACAUGUUUGGUUUAGGCUGAAAGGAUGAUGUUAUUUAAAUUUCAAACCAUAGACCACGUAGA